UCACUAACUAGCCAGUUCCCUCCAGCAGCCAGAGCUUCAUUUUCUGAUCUGCUUUUGUGCUAAAAUGGAGGCUGGUUCCUUGCCUUAAGUAGAUUCCUUGGUUGAGUAGGUUAUAUAUGUUGACAUGCAAUAAAGCCGGAGACAGGAUGGUUGUAGACGCACCAAACUCCAACGGGCCUUUUCAGCCAGUGCCCCUAAUGCACUUCAGAGAUUGCGCCCCUGCUGAGCAGGAGAAGCUGUUUGUCCAAAAGCUGCGGCAGUGCUGCGUGCUGUUUGACUUUGUGUCCGACCCCCUAAGUGACCUGAAAUGGAAGGAGGUGAAGCGGGCGGCGCUGAGCGAGAUGGUGGAGUACAUCACCCACAACCGCAACGUCAUCACAGAACCCAUCUACCCAGAGGUGGUGCACAUGUUUGCUGUGAACAUGUUCCGGACGCUGCCCCCCUCGUCCAACCCCACAGGAGCAGAGUUUGACCCUGAGGAGGACGAGCCCACUCUUGAAGCCGCAUGGCCACACCUCCAGCUCGUCUACGAGUUUUUCCUUAGGUUUUUAGAAUCCCCCGACUUUCAACCCAACAUAGCUAAGAAAUACAUUGACCAGAAAUUUGUCAUGCAGCUUUUAGAAUUGUUUGACAGUGAAGACCCUCGAGAAAGAGACUUUCUAAAGACUACCCUUCACCGGAUCUAUGGAAAAUUCCUCGGCCUGAGGGCAUACAUCCGGAAACAAAUCAAUAAUAUAUUUUAUAGAUUCAUUUAUGAAACAGAGCACCAUAAUGGAAUAGCUGAACUGCUGGAAAUACUUGGAAGUAUUAUCAAUGGCUUUGCCUUACCGUUAAAAGAAGAGCACAAGAUUUUCCUGUUGAAGGUGUUGCUGCCUUUGCACAAAGUCAAGUCCCUCAGUGUCUACCACCCACAGUUGGCGUAUUGUGUGGUGCAAUUCCUGGAGAAGGACAGCACACUUACAGAGCCAGUGGUGAUGGCCCUCCUCAAGUACUGGCCAAAGACCCACAGCCCAAAGGAGGUGAUGUUCCUCAACGAGCUGGAGGAGAUCCUGGACGUCAUCGAGCCCUCAGAGUUCGUCAAGGUCAUGGAGCCACUCUUCCGACAGCUCGCCAAGUGUGUUUCCAGUCCGCACUUUCAGGUUGCAGAGAGGGCACUGUACUACUGGAACAACGAGUACAUCAUGAGCCUGAUCAGCGACAACGCCGCCAAGAUCCUGCCCAUCAUGUUUCCAGCCCUCUACCGCAACUCCAAGACCCAUUGGAACAAGACCAUCCACGGUUUGAUCUACAACGCUCUGAAGCUUUUCAUGGAGAUGAACCAGAAGCUCUUUGACGACUGCACGCAACAGUUUAGGGCAGAGAAAAACAAGGAGAAAUUAAAGUUAAAGGAGAGGGAAGAGGCCUGGAUCAAGAUUGAGAAUCUCGCCAAAUCAAACCCACAGUUCCUUAUGUAUGUUGAUUCCUCUGGGCUCGAUAGUUCCAUAGAAAUGGAGACUGAGGGUCCGUUGAUAGAAGAUGUUGAGAUGUUAAAAAAGACUGUAGCGGGCGGAGCCAUUCAGAUGCAGAGAGACGUGCGAAAGGACCGGCCGCUGGUGCGCCGGAAGUCCGACCUGCCUCAGGAUAUGUUCACCACGAAAGCCUUGGAGUCCCAUCGCCGUGCUGAAGACAUGAUUACCACCCAUGACGGCCACUAACUGCAUCUGUUCCUGUCCUGUCCUCUCCUCUCCUCUCCAAGUCUGCAUCCAUGUUGCAGCAGCACCCCCACCUCCACCCCCCGCC